AACAGAGCUGCUGACUGGAGCUGCUGUUCUGCACAGUAGGAUUUUACUAAGUAUGAAAGUGAUAGUGCUAGAAGGAAGAAGGGAGAUCAAGAGAGAGAGGGGAGGAUUAGGAAAGAGACUGCAGGGAACAGCAAGAACUCAAUGAAGUGUUGCAGAUAGCUUGACUGACAGGUGGAACACAUUGGGACACUUUACUGACAUACAAGAGAAAAGAGAGCGAGUGAAAUGUCUGGGAAGGGGCAGCAUAUCUCACUCUUGUAGUACAUGGCUAUUUGGGAUGGAAACAAGCAGAGGAAUUUUGGAGGGAAAAGGGAGAGCGAGGGAGAGAGAGAGCAGAGGAAGGUGGUAGGCAUGAGUGAGGGCCGUCAGACUCAUUGAGGAUCAAGAGAGAAGAGAGCACCGAUAUAAAAAUACUCAGUAGCAACUGGCACUCACACUUGCACCGUGACAUCUGAUUAACUGCUUGUCGAUCUCAGCUGUAUGUUGAUAACGAGCAACAGACAGUUUGACUCAGAUCUCAGUCCUGUGCAGAUGGGAAAGAGACAGUGAGAGAGAAACUGAGUGUUUCCAAGACUUCCUGAAAGACCUGCAGCGUUGGACAAUGACUACUGCAUCUAGAGAACUGGAUGAGCUGUGCUACCUCACGGCUCAGUCCAUGACAUCACUGGUGACAUCAGAGCACUUCAAACUCCUCAAAAAGCUCGGUGAGGGGUCUUACGGCAAAGUGAUGCUGGCGGUGCAUCAGAAGAGAGGAACCCCAAUGGCUCUGAAGUUCUUCCCCCGUCACUCCACAACUCUCCAAGCUUUCCUGCGUGAAUAUAAUCUCUCCGUCUCCUAUUGCACACACCCUUCUCUAACGCGGGCUCUAGGCAUCUUCUACUCCACACCUUCUCACUAUGUCUUUGCCCAGGAGGCUGGUCUCUAUGGUGACCUGUAUGAUGUCAUCGUGUCAGAGGAGGGGGUGAGUGAGGAGUGUUCCCAGCGUGUGAUGUCUCAGUUGAGUGGUGCUGUGUCUCAUCUCCAUUCUCUUGGCUUUGUGCACCGUGACAUUAAGCCGGAGAACAUCUUCUUGUGUGACCGUGCUUGUCGCUGGGUCAAACUGGGUGACUUUGGCCUGGCGCGAGCACAGGGGACCAAGGUUCGUGCUGUGUGGUACAAUUCCCCUUUCUGUGUGCCUGAGGUGGAGUGCGCCAAGAGAGUCAGUGAUACAGAGGAGGAAACAGAGGACAUCUGGAUAUCCGUGGAGCCUAGUUUGGAUACUUGGGCUUUGGGGAUCCUUAUAUACUGCCUGCUGACAAGCUGCUUCCCCUGGGAGGAGACCACUUCUGAUGACCCUUCCUACUGCAAAUACAGAGACUGGUUCAACCGAAUCAAACAGAAAGAGGAGACACAAGACACUGUGAGAGAGGAGAACGAGGCUAAAAUUGAUGUGGCCCCACAGUUUGACUCUUUAAGCUCAUUCGUUCUCACCUUGCUGAGAAAGCUGCUGAAUCCACUGCCCUGGCUCCGCCCUGGGCCUGAUGAGAUCCUGUCUUACCUCGGGGGACCUUGGUUACUGAAGACAGAGAAAGAGGAGAUGAGGAGAGAGAAGGAGGCACAAGUGGAGGCCAAGAAGAUGCAUGAGAGAGGAGGGGUGGAAGGGGAAAAAUAUAUAUUGGGAAGCAGGGAGAGAUAAAGUUUGUGCUCGACGGCAAAAUUAUAUACAGCUGUACUUUAUUUCCAAGAUUUAUAUAGUGUUUAUAUUUCGGAAUAUUAAUGUUUUUUUUU